CUCGCCAACAUGGCGGACCUGGAGGCCGUGCUGGCCGAUGUCAGUUACCUGAUGGCCAUGGAGAAGAGCAAGGCUACCCCGGCCGCCCGCGCAAGCAAGAGAAUCGUCCUGCCGGAGCCCAGUAUCCGGAGUGUGAUGCAGAAGUACCUUGCAGAGAGAAAUGAAAUAACCUUUGACAAGAUUUUCAAUCAGAAAAUUGGUUUCUUGCUAUUUAAAGAUUUUUGUUUGAAUGAAAUUAAUGAAGCUGUACCUCAGGUGAAGUUUUAUGAAGAGAUAAAAGAAUAUGAAAAACUUGAUAAUGAGGAAGACCGCCUUUGCAGAAGUCGACAAAUUUAUGAUGCCUACAUCAUGAAGGAACUUCUUUCCUGUUCACAUCCUUUCUCAAAGCAAGCUGUAGAACAUGUACAAAGUCAUUUAUCCAAGAAACAAGUGACAUCAACUCUUUUUCAGCCAUACAUAGAAGAAAUUUGUGAAAGUCUUCGAGGUGACAUUUUUCAAAAAUUUAUGGAAAGUGACAAGUUCACUAGAUUUUGUCAGUGGAAAAACGUUGAAUUAAAUAUCCAUUUGACCAUGAAUGAGUUCAGUGUGCAUAGGAUUAUUGGACGAGGAGGAUUCGGGGAAGUUUAUGGGUGCAGGAAAGCAGACACUGGAAAAAUGUAUGCAAUGAAAUGCUUAGAUAAGAAGAGGAUCAAAAUGAAGCAAGGAGAAACAUUAGCCUUAAAUGAAAGAAUCAUGUUGUCUCUUGUCAGCACAGGAGACUGUCCUUUCAUUGUAUGUAUGACCUAUGCCUUCCAUACCCCAGAUAAACUCUGUUUCAUCCUGGAUCUGAUGAACGGAGGCGAUUUGCACUAUCACCUUUCACAACAUGGUGUGUUCUCUGAGAAGGAGAUGCGGUUUUAUGCCACUGAAAUCAUUCUGGGUCUGGAACACAUGCACAAUCGGUUUGUUGUCUACAGAGAUUUGAAGCCAGCAAAUAUCCUCUUGGAUGAACACGGACACGCAAGGAUCUCAGAUCUUGGUCUUGCCUGCGAUUUUUCCAAAAAGAAGCCUCAUGCAAGCGUUGGCACCCAUGGGUACAUGGCUCCCGAGGUGCUGCAGAAGGGGACGGCCUAUGACAGCAGUGCCGACUGGUUCUCCCUGGGCUGCAUGCUUUUCAAACUUCUGAGAGGUCACAGCCCUUUCAGACAACAUAAAACCAAAGACAAGCAUGAAAUUGACCGAAUGACACUCACCGUGAAUGUGGAACUUCCAGACACCUUCUCUCCUGAACUGAAGUCCCUUCUGGAGGGCUUGCUUCAGCGAGACGUUAGCAAGCGGCUGGGCUGUCAUGGAGGCGGCUCACAGGAAGUAAAAGAGCACAGCUUUUUCAAAGGUGUUGACUGGCAGCAUGUCUACUUACAAAAGUACCCACCGCCCUUGAUUCCUCCCCGGGGAGAAGUCAAUGCUGCUGAUGCCUUUGAUAUUGGCUCAUUUGAUGAAGAGGAUACCAAAGGGAUUAAGCUGCUUGAUUGCGACCAAGAACUCUACAAGAACUUCCCUUUGGUCAUCUCUGAACGCUGGCAGCAAGAAGUAACGGAAACAGUUUAUGAAGCAGUAAAUGCAGACACGGAUAAAAUUGAGGCCAGGAAGAGAGCUAAAAAUAAGCAACUUGGCCACGAAGAAGAUUACGCUCUGGGGAAGGACUGUAUUAUGCACGGGUACAUGCUGAAACUGGGAAACCCAUUUCUGACUCAGUGGCAGCGUCGCUAUUUUUACCUCUUUCCAAAUAGACUUGAAUGGAGAGGAGAGGGAGAGUCCCGGCAAAAUUUGCUGACAAUGGAACAGAUUCUCUCUGUGGAAGAAACUCAAAUUAAAGACAAAAAGUGCAUUUUGUUGAGAAUAAAAGGAGGGAAGCAAUUUGUCUUGCAAUGUGAGAGUGAUCCAGAGUUUGUGCAGUGGAAGAAGGAGUUGAACGAAACCUUCAAGGAGGCCCAGCGUCUCUUACGUCGAGCCCCGAAGUUCCUCAACAAACCUCGGUCCGGCACUGUGGAGCUCCCAAAGCCAUCCCUCUGUCACAGAAACAGCAACGGCCUCUAGCACCCAGGAACAGGGAGGGUCCUUGCGGAGGACACACCAGGGUCUCAGCCUUUUGGGGUGAACAAGGAUGAGGCAUCUGAUCUAUUCGCUACCGGGACUCCUCCAGGCUCCCGAGGGGAGUCGGGACCCUUCGGCUCAGGGUCGGCUCAGCUCCCUGCCUUGUCGCAUUUGUCCACAUUCAAAACUACUGAAGAAAUAAAAGUUCUUUUUCUUUGCUACACACUUUGGUACCUAUGAACCUAGAACUUGAAGUGACUCCCACUUAUCACGUAAAUGUUUAUGUCUGAUAUCAAACACAUCGUAGACUUUCCAGGAUGGAAUUUAAAGAUGUUCAGUGUUGGGUAGCAGAUGGCCGUAAGCAUUGCCGCGUUUUAUCUCUAGUCACUGCUGAUUGUCUGUGUCUUUGCUCCGUACUACUGGGGGAUGGGAGAGCCACAGUGUGUUUCCUUUGCACACUUCACAACUGACUUCUUGUCCUGGGGUUAAAAGUUGAAGAUAUUUCUGCACUCGGGCCCUCCUCUGGGAGCCGCACCCACGUGACUGCCCUGCCUCUCACCAGUCUGUUCCGGGGCCCCCUCAGCCAGGUGGGAAUGAUGGACGCUUACUCUCCAAGUGUAUGGAUUAACUAGGCAUUGAAGGCAUUCAUCCGUCCAUCACUGGAAAGAUUUACAAUGAUUCUGAAGGACAGGCAGUGGAGUUUUAGGUUUCGGGGCAAGAGCAGUUUUCAGAAGUCUUUGAGUCCAGUGUGCACGAGUCGACAAGCAGUACCUGGCGUGCAGAAGCACUCGUGGGUGAGUCCAUCUCGGGUCUCGACAAUUAGCAGUUGUGUGACAGUCAUUCUGCUUCCUUCUGCCUGACCCUGGGAGGCAUAUCAGAAAUGGAUGUACAAAAGCAGGUCUGUCUUACGUUGUAGUAUAAUUUAAGAUGAAUUGUGUUGAAGAAAUGCUGAAGAAUGAAUGUGUCAAAAUGGGUUAACUGUGUAUAUUGACGUUCAUUGUCGUCAUCCAUGUGUCAUGAAUGAAUGAUACUUUGCACUGGACUGUACGACCGUGAGGACCUUAGGCCAUGAAGCCUUCUUCCUGGUCCCUGCAGCAUCUGCCCCAUGAAGUUUGUUUUCUCCCACUGCCUCCAGGCCCCACUGAUACCCCCAAAUAGGUGCUGGGUUAUGAGAACCAGCGAAGUCCCCCAUGUCAUCAGUCUUAAAAAAAAUAAUUUUACAAGUCCACAUAUUUGUCCCAUUCUUGGAGUAGUUUUAGUGUAUGUCUUCACUAACAGUAUAAACCACUUGACAUCAUAAUUGUCUGCAUCCUGUCCUUGAUAUUUUUAACGGUUCCAAAUCUUUGUUUUUAUAUUUGUGUGCUGUGUUCAUGGGCAAAGUAAGUACUUUUUAAUGCAGUUAUUUUGAGAGUUUGGAAGAUAAAUUACCAAAAGAGUCCAUUAUUUCAUAAGAGUUACUUUGCAAAAAAAAUGUGGGGGUUUGUUGUCUAUCUUAACUACUAGUUGGGGUUUAAAUUAACGUACAUUUUCUACUAUCUGUUAUUUCCAGUGUGGGAGGAGGGACGUACUACUUAUAUGCAUUCUCCUUAUUUAAAAAGGAAGAAUAGUAUUCAAAUUCUAUUUAAACACACACACACAGACACACACACACACACAGACACACACACACACACACACACACCCUAGAAGCAGAAAAGCCUUUGUUCCUAAAGAGUGAGUGCCUUCCCAGCCCUGGUUAAUUAUAGCUGUGACUGAUGCCGUUCCUGUCUGUAUCUCAAGCUCAUAGGAUCUCAGCACGUGCAGUUGAGGAUGCGCUGGGCCUCAUGCCUGUUCUCCAGGAUAAAGGGCCUGCUGUUGACUCCACCAGGGCCUGGGCUUAGCAUCUAAUGUCUCGUACCUAGGGCAUGAGCUACACAAAUGUGUUCAGAAAGAUUAUUCAACUUUGCCACAUUUGUUCUAAAAUUGAGCUGAUCCACAUCUCUUUCAAAAACUAGAAUUUCUGCUCUAAGAAUAGAACAUAAGGCUCCUCUCCCUUUUAGAAAAGAUACAUGCAUUGGAAAAUACCCUGAAAGUCCUUUUGCUUCAAACAAAAGUGUAAACUUUUACACUUCCCCAACUCACAUUUGAUUUGCAAUGAUAUGGUUGAGAAGUACAUCUAGAUGUCAUUUAUUUAAAGUCCUUUGUAAGACUAGGUUGAGCUGCUUCUCAGGGCAGUCACCCAUUGUGUUGGGGUCUGGUUUGAAUGUCUUCUGCCAAAAUGUUGUGAUGGAGGUGUUGCUGCCACCAGACACAGGAUACCGCUGUGCCUGCACCGGGUUGCCUGCGUGGCCAGAGGAAAAGUCAGUUGGAUUAAACAUCUUGGUAUACUUGGCUGAUAUUUUUUUAAAUUUUUUAAUUUUUUGGGAUAGGGCCUCGCUCUGUCACCCAGGCUGGAGAACAGUGGGAUGAUCAUGGCUCACUGCAGCCUUGAAUUCCUAGGUUCAAGCAAUCCUCCCACCUCAGCCUCCUGAGUAGCUAGGACUACAGGUGCAUGACACCUUUCCUGGCUAAUUUGUUUUUUGGGUAGAGACAGGGGUCUUGAACUCUUAGGCUCAAGCGAUCCUCCUUCCUUGGCCUCCCAAAAUGCUGGAAUUAGAGACGUGAGCCACCAUGCCCAGCCGUAGUACUUGGAUGUUUUAGGUUUUCCAAGUGUUAUGUAAGUCCUAGAUGUUCACCCUUCUUACACUCCAACUAUUAAAAAGGUCAAAAUUCAGCCUACAUUUUUUCAUUAUUUUAGAUUUCUGUGGUUGGGAUAUUUUAACAUUGAUGAGAAAAAUAAUUGAGUUUGAUAUUUUUACAAAAUCAUGCUGUAAUAAGUCUUGAUUUCAUGAUUCAAAAGAAUCAACAAAGCCUAAAAAUAAUAGAUUACUUUAAGCUGCUAUGUAAGAUACAUAUGGAAUAAAUUAAAAACUUUUGUGAAUCCAGGUUUAUUAUUUUUAACCUAAAACACUCUCUUUGGUUCAUUCAUGCCCUCAUGUCAUGGGUGCUCAUUGGUUUUCCUUCUUUGUCAUAUUUAAGUGAUUUUUCAACAAAACUUCUAGAAGUCAGCUUAUUAUGUCAACGUUCACGCAAAGUGCUCAUGCCUCUGAUUGGUCCAUUCACUGACGUGACAAUUUCAAAUCCGAUGUUCACAAAGAAGGGGCCAGCCGGGCGCGAUGGCUCACGCCUGUAAUCCCAGCACUUUGGGAGGCCUAGGGGGGCGGUUCAUGAGAUCAGAUCGAGACCAUUCUGGUUAACAUGGUGAAACCCCAUCUCUACUAAAAAUGCAAAAAAAUUAGCCAGGCAUGGUGGCGGGCGCCUGUAAUCCCAGCUACUUGGGAGGCUGAGGCAGGAGAAUGGUGUGAACCCGGGAGGCAGAGUUUGCAGUGAGCCGAGAUCACACCACUGCACUCCAGCCUGGGUGGCAGAGCGAGACUCCGUCUCAACAAAAAGAAAAAAAUAAAAAAAAGAAGGGGCUAAAUACCCAGUGAGAUGCACCGAGGAAAGGAAGCACUUUGCUCAAGACAGCAGCAGCAGCCAACAGCGGUCUGUUUGUUGCAAACAAGAUGGAGCUUGAUUUCUGCUCUGACAUAUGCCAUCUGUGGGUAUUAGAAACAACGGUUUGAAGGCCAUGUUGGCCAUCUACAAAGUAAUGUUUACCAAUUAACAGGGAUUUAACUAGAUUAAAAAGAUCAAAGUGUGGUUUUGCUCUGCUUUUUAAAAUUUCACUCAGAAUUUGUAGCUGGGCCAAUUCAACACAUUUUACUUUUCAGUGGAAUUGAUUUUUCUAAUGUUUCAGAAUUUUAACAUAUCAAGAAGAAAACAACGCUCUCAAAGUCUGGCCUUUUUCGCAUGAUGUAAACCUAUAGAAAUGCUUUGAAAUGUGCCGGGGUAAGAUAAGAGUUAUCUUGUAUGAUUUAAUCGUAUGCAGUGUUGUCUCAGUUACGUUCAGGGAAAUGUUUCUGUGUUAUUCAGAGAUGCUUGAUGAAUUCACACCUCCCACCCUGAGUGAGGGGUUGACUUGUUGGGAAAUGAGUUGGGCUUCACUGGGAUCUGUGACAGGUGGGGGCUGGGCUGGGUGUCACAAAGAGAAUAGUGGUAGAAAUGGGGCGAAAGAAGAAAGAAGUUGCUGGUAAAAAUCAUGACACCAUAAAGCACCAAGGAAAUAACUGAGUUAAGAUAGGUGAAGUUUUCCCCGCGCCCCGACCCCGUAACAGGAGAUUUUUCCUUAUGAUAAUUAUUCUAAGACUUGGUCACUUUGUUUUUGAAUGUGGAGCUGCUGAACUCAUUCAGAAGCUAUUUGCUGUCUGUCAGGACAUUCUGAAGAAGUUCUUUUGCCUCUGCCUACCCUCUGGCACCCUCCCAUGAAGGCACAGGUGACCUAGAGCUAAAGCAUUACCGGGCCAUCUCCAAAACACCCUGAGUGUGUGUGUGCACUUUGCAGCCCCCGAGGUGGAGAGGCAGUGUCUGGAUCACUGUGAAUUCAUUGCCCCAUUGGUCAGUUGGGGACACUGUUACAAAUCCAUUGUAGUCCUGGUAAAACUGUCAGAAUAACAGGCCUCUUCUGUUCUGCCCUGCUCACUUCUAUGGUGAGUUACCAGCCUGGGCAACACAGCAAGACCCCAUCUCUAUAAAAAAAUUUUUUAAAGUAAUUAACAGUUUAAAUUUUUUCCUAAAGAUUUAACGUGAUUUUUCCCUCCUAUGUAAAGUUUACUGGAGAGACUUGAAUUAAUUAUUUAAAUUCAUGUUAAUAUGCUUUUUUAAAAAUCCAGGUCACAUUUUAACAGUUUAUUAUGGAACAAAUGAAAUUUGAACUCUAAAAUGGUACUCCUUGGCUUCCUCAAGUCAUAAUGAACUUUAUAUUUUCUUUGUCCUUAAGGACUAAGAUAGUUGUUUUAUUUUAGCAGAAUAACAGAGAUUACCACUCCUGCAGGCCCCCACCGCUGGCCCAAUGGGGUCUUUCUGACCUAGCUGUGUUAGCAUCGAUUGAGAAAUGCAGAGUCCUAAAUUUUAAAUUGCCUUUCUUAAAAACACAAAGAAACUAUAGAAAAUGGGUUAAGAGUGUAUGCAUUUCAUCAAACACAUAUAGAGAAAAAAAAUCCUUCAUUUUAGAGUUAAAUAACUCAGCUUUGUAUAGCAGAGUUAGCUCUCCAGUAUCUAACAAUCUCAAAAUCAUCUCUGAAAACUGGUAACUAUGCUUCCAUUUUUAAUUUUGUCCUAAAUAUCAGAUGUCUUUGAUGUAAGGGUAGGGAAUGGAGAAAUAUUUUCAAUUGUGUAUUUGUAUUACAAAGAACUUGAAAUUUACUUUCUUAGUUGAUUAUAUUAAAUGAUGUAUAUAUUAUAUGUGGUUUAUAAGCUCAACACUGGCCAUUUUUUUAGUUUUAUUGUUAAAUGGUAUUUUUCUAUGUUUAAUUAUAAUAGAUUUGGCUUUUUCUGGAUAGCAUAAAGAUCACUGAACUAUAUAUAUAUAUGAGAAAUAAGAGUUCUAUUUUAGCACAAAAGCAUUUUAUAUUAUUUAUUGAAUCCAUAAGUUUGUUUUCGUCAAAAACAUUCCAUAUUAUUUCUGCUCCUUUUUAUUUGUAUAGUUUGUUAUUUAAAGAUGGCAGUCCUUCCUGUUCUUAAUACAAUAAAAUGGAAAUAAUGCAUAUAGCAAUGUGGCCAACAUCUCUUCUCACUGCCAUGGACCGUUUUCAACAACAGUUGAUCUUCUGGUCUGUGCUGAGAGGCGCAUGCACGUCUUUUGUCACAUCGGGCAGCAAACCUGCUGUGAAAUAUUGCUUUCAUCUACCUCUUCAGAAGGCCUCUUGCUUGUUGACAAGUACCCCAAAGGCUUUAUUCUGGACUGGCUAUCUCAUAAAAGGAUUUCUGUAAGACUCUGCAGUGUCACUCCCUCAGAACCUAGGUUUGUUUCUAAAGCCACGGUAUUGUCCGGGAGCCCCUGUGCGUGGGGCAGGUAGCUAUCCCUCCCAUGUCGUUAGUAAUCCUUUAGGAUUUAAGGGACAACUGGACAGCAUCAUUCUUUCCCCUUAUUGUGCCAAAUCCCCACCAUCAGCCUUGCCAUUGCCUUAAGAUUCGAUUAUUGCACCCAAUUACCCAACCACUAAACAGAAAGGCCACCUUCACUCCUUGAAAAAGACAAGCUGUGUUUAGAAACACUGCUUUUAAGAGUAGCACAUUUGAGUGUGACUUUUUCCCCCCUUCACUAUUUCAAAAUGGUUUCGAAAAUGGGGUCUUGAAGGUAAGCGCCCUCAUGCAUGACUGAAACUUUGUAAGAGGUCUUGUAUUUGAAUGGCCCCUUAAGGAUUUAUGUGAAACAGAAUGAAGUCCUGUCUCUGUGAGAGAACGUGCCUCCUCACUCAUUUGUCUCUGUCUGUUUUCAUAGCCAUCAAUAUAGUAACAUAUUUACUAUGUUCUUGGCAAAGUAUAAUACCCUUGAAGAAAGAAAUCCGUUUUCUAUUGUGCAUUACUAUACGAAGUGAAGCCAGUAAACUAGAUACUGUAAAUCUAGAUAUUGUACCUAGAAAAAAAUAUCCUUGGUUCUAUCUCUUUUUGUAUCUGUUGUGCCAGGGAAGGUUUAUAAUCCCUUCUCAGUAUACACUGACUAGUGCACGUCUGAAAUAGUAUCCCACGGGAGAUGCCGCUCCAUGUCUGAGGCCACCUGCCCCGUGUGGGGCACGCCACCAUCAGUUAGCACCACCGUUUUUACAGUUACUUUGGAGCUGCUAGACUGGUUUUCUGUGUUGGUAAAUUGCCUAUAUAAAUCUUAAUAAAAAGGAUCUGUACAAAGA